AUGGCAGUCGAAAUGGGCCAGGCCAUAAUUCCAGCUUGGAAGAGACUCGGACUGAAACUCAAAUUCGCACAAGAGGUAUCUGAGACGCCUUCUAAAAAUGCCAACAUCACAGCCGAAACCCAAGCUAGAGUUAAUCCAUCCGAAGACCAAGAACCCAAUACGUCAGAACGACCAAGGAAGAAGCGGAAGACUGACAGCAAGCCCAAGGAAAUUCGGGCACACUCAUCACCCGCUUCGGACCACUCCCAGAAGCCUACAGCGGGCGACAAGGUGGCCUCGGGAGUGAACCCGAAGAAACAAGUGUCUUUCUCCGCCGACACGAAGGGCGCAUCUGCUACAACAAAUGACGGCCUCGUACCAUUUGAGUCGACCAACGGAGAAGCUCAGGCCUCGGCAGCAGGCAAGAAGCCGCCUAGGAGGAAGGCGGCCAAGAAAUCCCAGCAGCUUCCUGUUCAAAAGGCUAACACAGCACUCGACUAUCUCACCCAAUAUGAUAUAGCACGACCAAGCUGGAAAUUCAAUAAAAACCGAGAGACUUGGAUCCUUAAACAUAUUUUCUCUGAAAGCGAUAUCCCUCGAGACUACGACUUUGCGCUAUCGAGAUACAUCCAUGGGCUGAAAGGCGUCGGAGCGCGCGAACGGCUGAAGUCGCAAUGCAUGGAGUCGGUGGCGAAGGGAAAUGGCGGGCAGAAAGAUGUUAACGACGCCGGGAACUCGUUCGCGUCAGGAAGAGAUGAGCAGUAUGCUCAACGUUUCAAGAGGGAAUUGUCCGAAUCGACGAGUUCAGAUUCAGCAAACGAAAACAGUACCGACCAAGACCUGGAAUACCGAUCUUGGAUCCGAGCGCAGCCACGCUCGAAGCUCUUGCUGUUGGCCAUCGCCGUGGACGGUGUUUCCCUCAACCUGAACGGAUCGGGCCCGAAAUCAGAGCCCGAGCAGGCCGGUGAUGCUGACAACGGCCCACCACCAAAGGUCAAGAAGAGGAAGAACAGAACCGCGGUCGUUGAAUAUGACAGUUCCAGCUCCAGUUCCAGCUCGGACUCAAGCGAGCCUGAGAGCGAGAGCGAGAGCCAGAGCGAGCAACGUGGCGUGCAGGUGACAAAUGACCAAACAUCGGAGGACGAGACUUCAAGCAGUGGUAGUGACAGCGAGUCCAGUUCUGAUGAUGACUCUCGUUCAUGA